AUUUCUUUCUUUACCCUUUCCAUAGGCGCCAAGAAAAAGAAGCUAGUCGCCGCGAAAAAGAGGCACGCAAAAUCGAACGCGAAACCGCAAGACGUCUCGAACGCGAGGCGGCCAAAUUGGAAAAACUCAAUCGUAAUGCAGAGAAAAUUUCACGCAGCACUGAACGUGUUAGCGGUCCUACACCACGUUCCGGUUCGCUUGAGCGUCGACGCAGUGGCGAUGAAUUGCCCGUACUCAAUCAGUCUACCGUACACGGUAUUGCUAGUCCUAAUCGUAGACCCACCAUUUUCGAUGUAUUUCGUCAGCGUGGUAAAUCGGAUGCGAAAAAGCAGAAAAUGCUAUUGGAUCCAUUGUCGGCGGCUGCAGCAGCAUCGGGAAAUGAGAUGGGCAGUGCCAGUAGUACACACUCGUCAUCGGGUGUGGGCGGUGGAGGAGGUGGUGCCGGUGGUGGCGGUACUGGUGUUAUGAAUUCCAUGAAAGUAGCUUUACAAAAUUCCGGCCUUAUAGGUGGCGGCCAUCAUCAGAAGCAGCAACAGCAUCCCGCGGUGACGAUAACAACGGCCGAGGGUACGUCGGUGAAGAAUAAGUACAAAGAUGGUUCGGCCCAUCCGCAUCAGGGUAGUGAUGCUCAUUAUUAUCAUACAGUUACGGCUGUACGUAGAGCCGAUGCUUCCCGUUCGCCUAUGACCAAAGUGAUGGACUUGUUUAGACAUCGUUCAAAUUCUGCAGCCACAGAAGCUGAUAAACGUAAAGCGGUGAGUUUACAAAUUUUUUGUUUUCUUUUAUUAAGGCGUUAUUACACUACAUUAUGUUGGGUUGUGAACUUGACUAAAUUUGUUUUGAGGUGAUUUAGUUAAGACACUUUGUUGUGUGGUGUAUUUUAUAUAUCAAUUGGAAUAGCUACCAGCCGAUAGAUGUCGCUUGUACAUUUUUUGAGUUUUAUUGAAGCAAUCAAUGAACACUGACCAAAAGUAGUAUUUUACUA